AUGGGAGCUACGUUGCCAAAUACGCUCUGGUUUGAGGGCGGAACCACUCGCUGCGCAGUUCACCUCGCCAAAUGGAAAGGGCAAGAUGGACGCCCUGUCAGGCUUUGCAAGGACGUGUCCCCGAAAGUCCGUGAAGAAGUGCGUGCCAUGUACGAAAACAAGGAGGAAAACAAGAGCAUGAAACGAGGGGCGGCUGCUGCAGCACUCGACUCCGUGCUGGGCGCGGUCACUGCUUGUGCGGAGAAGAAGGGGAAGAUAACAGAAUUCUUCGGCGACGAGGCAACGUGCGCCAAGGAGGACGCGGAUAACGCGCUUUGCCUAAUGAUCUCGGUGCUGAAGCUUCCAGAGCGCAUCGUGGAUGAUCCGGUCUUCCGCUACGCGGUCCAAUGCUUUGCGCGCGCGGGACCGAGGUAUGUUCCCCCCAAGAGGGGCUACGUUGGAGGGGCGGGCUUGAAGAAAGUGCGGCAGAAAAUGGAGGCAGCGCUCGCCCCCGUUGCCGCGAGCUGGAAGCGGGACGGUGUCACCGUGUCGUCGGACAUGAUGACCGACCGUUGUGGCCGCCCGCGGGCCAAUAUACUCCUUGUCAACGACUCCGGCGCAGUUUUCGAGCAGGCCGUGGACUGUAACAUGGAGUCGAAGACGGGGGGGUACAUCGCCAGCCUUCUCCGCCCCGUCAUUGAUAAGGUGGGGCCGGAGAAUGUGGUGGCGGUCUGCACCGAUGGCGGCAGCAACUAUGCAUCGGCAGCGCGGAAGAUUGCGGGCACAUGGCCGCACAUUGAGCAUGUGCCAUGUGCCACGCAUGUCCUGGACCUGUUAAUGGAAGAUGUGGGCAAAAUGGGAUGGGCGAAGGGGCUUGUGGAGAAAGGAGGGGAGAUGAUUACCUUCGUGCGCAACCACCACUUCACCCGUGCCUAUAUGAAGAAAGUGGGGGGGAAGCAGGUGCUCAAGCCUGCGGGAACCAGGUUCGGGACACAAUACAUAGCCAUGGCCCGGCUAUGUGAGGUGAGGAGUGGGCUGGCGGCGAUGGUGCUCAGCGACGAGUGGAAGGUGUGGGCAGCGGGGGACAAGGAUAGGAAGACUGCAGCCGAGAAAUUCAGGGCUGCUGUGAUGGAUGAGGAGUGGUGGGGGGUGGCGGAGUUCUUUUCCUCUCUCAUGGCGGUGCCAUUCAAGGCCAUGCGGGCCACGGACUCUUCUGCGAAAGGCAUGAUGGGUAAGCUGUAUGACAUUAUGCUACAGCUUACCGAGGACAUCAAUGACAAGCUCGACGCUUCAGGCGACUUCUUGACUCGGACAGAGAGGGCAGAAAUCACCAAGAUUGUGAAGGACAGGUGGGACAACUCCCUUGCCUGCCCCAUGCAUGUGGUUGGCCGGAUCCUGAAUCCGGCCAACCAGGAGGAGGGAAUUUUUAGGAACGAUGUGGAGUGCACGAGGGUGUUCAAGGACUACAUCGAGCGCCACUAUGACCACGUCACCUUCAGGCGCGGCAAGGAUGGUGCCCCUCGCCGCGCCUCCCUUGUGCUGCAGGAGGCAUUGCUGGCCUACAUCAACUUGGAGGGCAGUUUUGGCAAGCUGAGCGCCAUAGCUGCAAGGGAGGCAGUGAAGAAAGGGGAGAUGAGCAUGGUGCAGUGGUGGUCGUGGCACAGCACCGAGUACCCUGAGCUUGCCACCCUCGCAUGCCGGAUUCUCACUCAGCCCGUCUCGGCUUCUUCAUGCGAACGUGGCUGGGCGCAGUGGGAAGGCGUCCACACCGCCCGCCGCAACCGCCUCGGGUCCGCCAAGUGUGCGGACCUGGUUUACAUUGCGCACAACUGGAACGUUGUGCGCAAUUGGUACAACAAGGAUGGGGCCAGCACGGUUGUGCCCGGGAACAUCCCGGAUGCCCCUAUCCCCCGCGGCUACAACAUGGACGAGGAGGAGGAGGAUGACCUGCUGGGGGGGGAAGGAGAUGAUGCAGUGCUGGCGGAUGAGUAUGGGGAAGGGGUGGUGGUGGAAAAGCCCCGCAAGGAAAUAGGCUGUGGGGAAGCUCGCUAG